UUUUUUUUUUUUCAUUAUGAUAAAUAAUAACGUUGAACUAAAUACGCACGAACCUAUUCAGACUGAUAAAAGAAUAAGUUUAUACGAGAUGCUGAAAGAUGAAGACACAAACUUGCCAAGUAGUAUUGAAACGGAAUCUAUGUCAAGCAACUCUUUCACCGUACAAGAAGACGAACAAGAAAUCAUUCAUUAUGAGAGUGACAAUGAUAGCGAGACGAUGAUAUUAGGCGUGAAGAAAGAAGGCUAUAGACGCAUGAAUUUAAAAGAAGAAUCAGAGUCAGAUAAAGACCUCAUUAUUUAUUCACUGAACGAGUCAUUGCAUAUACACAAAGAAAUUGUGGAACGUAUACAGCAAGAAAAAGACGAUUUGGAGUAUUAUUACGAAGAAACUAUGCGUGAACGAGAAAAAGCCCUUUUAGACGAACAAAAGCAGAUUGAGGAGCAACAGGAGAAAUCAAAGGAAAAGUUAGGCAGACUACAAAAUAUUUAUCAUUCUCUGAUGAGUGAGCUGGAAGCCAACAAACUCGAAUACCGCCGUAUGGAAAAUAGGUUUAAUUCUCAUGUCAAAAAGGACCAGACUGAUCAACCUCUUUCUACCACUCAAUCUCAAAUUCAAUCACUAUUAUCUAGAAUUGAAUCUAUAGCAUCUAUGAUAUCGAGCAGUCAAUGCGACUUUGAUUAUGUAAAGAAUCGUUGGCCAUCAUUAACUGAAUAUGAAGAGGACAAGUUAAUCCCAUUGUUUAUACAAAAACUGAUCAUGGAGAUUAUAUUAGAGCAGAUCUUUUACACUUCAAUACAUCCUGGUGUUUCUCUAAAUCAAGCAUUUGGUAAUAUCCAUCAAUGGGUUGAUAAGAGAAACACGUCUUGGGCUUCUCGUAUGAAACAACAAAUCACAUCUUUUAUUGUGAAGCAAUCAAAAGAAGAAGCACAGGAAAUUGAAGCUGCUGAACAAGGAAUAGUAAACGAAUUAUGGACCCAAUUGGACGCCAUGGUCAAUUUACAAGAUAAUCAGGAUAGCAAGGAAGAAUUGACUGCCAUAGUCAAAUUAUCAGCUAGUCUUAAUAUAGUUAUGAAAUGUCAAGAAAAUCCAACAAUAGACAUUGUGAGAGGAAUCAGACCAAACACAGCUUUUGAUCAAGAGACAAUGGAGAUGGUAUCUGUUCCUGGCUUGGAAUUGGCAAGUCAAGACGAACAAAAACGCACUGUAUCAUUUGUAAUUUCGCCACCUUUUGUGGCACAGGGUCAUGAUGGAUUCCUUAUACCAGCUAAAGUCUAUUGUUUGUAGAACUAUAGCAAUACAUAGAGCAUCUUAUUGGUUCACUUGUUACUGACAAUAGCAUCCAAUAGAAUCACCUUAAACCGAAAACAAUAAAAAAAAAGGAUUGUCCGAAUAAUCUAA